CCCGCAGCCCCUGCAAGGCGGGCUGCAAGGCAGCGGGGACCCCUGAGGGCACCCCUGGGUGACAGCCCCCGGCUGUCAUUGAUGGCCUGGGGACGGAAAGCGGGCUCAUUAGUUGCUGGAUAAUUUUUUAAAAAAAUUUAAUUUUUUUUUACUGCUAUUUUAAAUUUUUGUGCGUGUUCUGUGUGGGUUCCUGGUGUCUUGUGGAAGUGCCACAGGCGGCCGGCACCCGGCUGAGGAGGUGACCGUGUGCCGUGCCGCCCAGAGAAGCACAUGAGGAGCUGCUGCUGUGAGACAUGGCGCAGCGCCCAUGGCGAAGGACGGGCAUGAAGCCCCCAGCCCCAGCAGCUGUCGGGGUGCUGCUGGCCCUGGCCCUGCUGGCUCUCCUCCACCUGCCCCCAGCCCCGGAGCACUCCCUGCUCCCACUGCCGGCCUCGUCCCCCCCAGGGCCCCCGAGGGAGGCGGCUGCCCCCGUGUCUGCAGGACAAGCCCACAGGAGAAGGCUCCCCAUGCCCCGCGCUCACCCGCAGCAGGAGCAGGCCCCUGCCCGGGGCAGGAGGCACAGGGGGCUGGAGAGGAACACUCCCCCUUGGCUCUCUGCUGACGACCUCCAGAAGAUGUGGCUGCUGUCCAGCGGGCAGGUGGUCUCCAAAACCCGUGUCCCUGCCCAUGGGCAAAUCCUGCGAGUGAGGCUGCGUGCCGUGGGGGACGCCAAGGGAGAUGCCAAGGAGGAUGUCUUGGCAGCCAGCCCGGAAGGAGACUGCCAGGAUGGGCGCUGUGGGCUCAUCAAGCGGCCCGGGGACCUGUACGAGGUGCUGGCCUUCCACCUGGACAGGGUGCUGGGGCUGAACCGCAGCCUGCCCGCCGUGGCCCGGCGCUUCAGCAGCCGCCUCCUGCCCUACAGCUACACCGACGGCGCCCUGCGCCCCGUCAUCUGGUGGGCUCCUGACCUCCAGCACCUGGAGGAUGCCAACAAUGACCAGAACUCCUGUGCCCUGGGGUGGCUGCAGUACCAGGAGAUGCUGCAGCCCCACAGACCGAUGCCGGUGGCCAGGGAUGCUCCCUGCUCCAGCAUCCCACACAGCGAGUGGAGCCGCCUGGCCCUCUUUGACUUUCUUCUCCAGGUUCAUGACCGCCUGGACCGCUACUGCUGUGGGUUUCAGCCUGAUCCCUCUGAGCCCUGCGUGGAGGAGAUGCUCCACGAGAAGUGCCGGAAUCCAGCAGAGCUGGUCCUGGUCCACAUCCUGGUCCGGAGGAGCGCGCCGUCCCGCCUGGUGUUCAUCGACAACGCGGGCAGGCCACAGCACCCUGAGGAGAAGCUCAACUUCAGGCUCCUGCAAGGCAUAGACAGCUUCCCAGCGGCGGCGGUGGCCACGCUGCGCUCGGGCAGGUUGCAGAGCCUGCUGCUGCAGUCCCUGCGCCUGGACCGCGAGCUCUGGGAGAGCCAGGGGGGCGCUGAGGGGCUGAGACCCCUGCUCCAGACCAUUGACAGGAGGGCACAAAUCCUGCUCCACCACAUCCAGGAGCACAACCUGACGGUGUCUGGGGACUCGCCGCGCUGAACCGACCUCCGGCUGCAUCAAAGUGCACAUCCCAGCAGCCGUGGAUGUACCUCAUGGACCUUGUGAGGCUCCGUGCUGCUGCUGGGCUCUCCACAAGGUGUUUCCCCCUCACCUUGUAGGAUGACCUGGAGUAGCAGAUGGAACCACAGGGAGUAGGAAAGAUGGGGAGGAGAUGUCUCCUAAGACAAGCCACAGCUGCUUGAGAAAAGCAAGAGUCAUCAAGUUAUGGUCUCAGCACGGAUUUUCAAAGGGAGGGCAUAUCCGUGAGGUUUUUUGGGUGCCUUUACUCACAUGCACACAAACACACACACAGCAACUUUAGAAACUGGAGUUCAAUUGGACAGUUGAACAGCUGACAGGGACCCUGGAAAGAGUUAAAGAAACAGUGGAAGAAGUCACUGGCAACCUUUCCUUGGCUUUUUGAUGAUGUUUUCACUAUUUCCAAAACAUGCCAGACAGAGAGGCAGGGGGAAAGCAGUGGGGAGCUUUCUAUGUGGAUUAAACAAAGACAAGACACUAGAGCUGAGCUCUGCCUUUCCCCCUGCAGAAGAGGUGAUGUGUGCCUGCAAGUGAGCGUGAUCCACUGCCUGAAGCUGAGACUAGGCAGGACCUUGAAGCUCAGCAGCAUGGGGCAGCAGCUGCCCUCAUAAAGCCCAUGGUACCAUCCCCAGUGAGAACCAGGUGCUGUGUGCCAUGUGCCAUGGUCCAUGCAUGUGCCUUGGUGGGUCUGGGCUCUGACAAUGCUCUCAAUGUCAGAUUUGAAGAUUUAAAUUUCUCGUUUGCUCUUUGCCUUCACUGUCAGGGGAUUAAAGGCAAAACUGCCCCACUUCUGAAAAGCACUCCUGGCUGCUCUCCUGGGCAUGACUGCAUGUAACUCUUCCCCAGGCUUGCAGAAAUAUGUUUUAACAAAAAUGCCAAGCUAUUUUAGC